CGGGGAAACCUUCUCACUUCACUCUUCAUUUCUUUUCUUCAAGAACUCUUCACCCACAUUCAUCAUUUUUAUUAUUGGGGAAAAAGAUUACAAAAACUACAAGCCAGAACGUAACUAAUGCGGUUGCGCGCGUUAAUUACCACGUGCUUCUCAUCAGUUUUUUUUUUUUUUAAAUUCUUAGGAAAAAUUAAAAAACGUACAAACCAGAACGUAACGAACAUUGCCGGCCGGCCGCCGACUUAUUUCCUCGCACGGACAUGCCUGCCGCCACCUCACUGCCACGGCCACGGCCACGGCCACUUCCACCCGUCGUCUCCGCCACCUGUCUCCUCCCCAUUGGCCAUGUCGACCCUCUUCCACUCCCCCGCCGCCGGUUUGACCCCGUACUUCGACCACCCAAAGUAAUCAUUCACCCUCACCUUCUUCACCGUCGCCCCGCCGACGUUGACCAGACAGAGCCCCUGGCGGUUGGCCAUCAGGUAGCUCUUCUUCCCCCUGUCCGCCUCCCUCUCCGCCGCCAGGUCGUUGAAAAGCUCCGUCAGCCGCUCGCCCUGAAUCGUGACGCCGUUAACCUCGACCGCCUCGUGGGUGGCCAGGCCCUGGCGCAGCUGGUCCGGGUCGUUGCUCACCCGGGCCAACUGGCCGACCCAGCCGUCGUCGCCGGCUCGGGUGAUGUCGAACCCGUUUGGGUCGCCCUUGUACUCGGAGACGUAGAGGGCCACGAUUUUGCCCGCGCUGGUCUUCUCGUCUUUGGUGGCGGUGUGGAUGAAUUGCUUGUCCGACGCCAAGCUGAACGUUUUCGCCAUUUUUUUUUUGUGUGUGUGUGUGAGGAUGUUUGUAUGGAUUUUCGGUCUAGUUCGAUUAGAAUGCAGAUGGGAUGAAAGGUUUUUGGUGAUGUGUAUUUAUAGGGCCGGGAUGAAUGCAUGCGUGACACGACUCACA